AUGUCUUGUUGUAUGGAUAAGGAGAAUAAGCGUGUUUCGGACAUGACUGUUGCCGAACUAAAGGAGUAUUUGAAAAUGCGUAGCGUUACUGCCAACGGCUAUUUAAAACCUGCUUUACUUCAAAUUGCUCAAGCAGUGGAGAAAAUGAUGUUGCCGAUUGACCCAAAUCAUGAAUAUGGAAAUUCGGAUCUCAAGAACGCAAGAGAAACAUUUAUUAUUCAUGAUAUGGUGAUACGUCAGCCAUUGUUAUAUCCAGUCGAUGAACGACUUUAUAGAUUCGCCACCCUUCGGUUUGUAUAUUUUUAA